AUGCCAGCACCACGGUUAUCACAUAACGCAGAGACGGCGCGUGUGGCCGCUCUCCAGGCCGAGUUCAAUGAGAAGAAAUGGGUGUGGGUGCCCGAUGAGAAGGAGGGCUACCUCGCCGGCUGGGUGCUGAAGGAGGAGGACGAAUUCGGCGAGGUCAUGAUGAACUCUGGGGGAGAGGUGCGCCUUCUCUUUGUCUGA